AUGGGCCGCCCCCCAAACCCCCCUACCGUUGACGCCUGCCUACUUCUCCCUCUCCUCGUACCCUUCCGGCUUCCGUCGCCCAUUGUUUGAUCUCGUCCAUCCCUCCCCCUAUUCGAGCCCAAUUCCCCUGAAAUCUCCGCUCCAUUUAUUCCCAUCACCACAAAAAUUUAUCCCACCUCUAUCUCUCCGUCAUUAACCGCUCUCCGCCUGAAGACAAGCCCAAACCCCGCCGUGCGAGACCAACCACCCCAGACGAAACAUUCUUCUCUCCAUAUGAGAGGGCGAGGGAGAGCGAGAGAACGAAGAACAGAGGAUAGGGUGCCGAGAAGAGAGAGAAAAGAACAAACGAUGCCGAUAGCCAGAGCGAAAACGCCACCCCCACCGCCGGCGCCGCCGGCUGCGGCUGCGGGGAGGGAGGAGGAGAUGGAGCCGGCGAUUUGGGGACGGCUCCCUGACGAGCUUCUAGACCUCAUCCUGGCCCUACUCCCCCUCCACACCCUCGUCGCCCUCCGUCCCACCUGCAAACGCUUCCACUCCCUCCUCCUCUCCCCCUCCUUCCUCUCCCUCCUCCACUCCCCUUCCUCCUCCCCUGCCUUCCUCCUCCUCUCCCACCCUCAGUUCUCCAACCGCUUCCUCCACCUCUACGACUCCUUCGCCGACGGCUGGCGCCCCCUCCGCCUCCUCCCCUCUGCCGCCGCCUCCCCUUCCCAGCUCCUCUCCUCCUCCUACGGCCUCCUCUGCUUCUCCCUCCUUCCCUCGCGCCCCUCCUCUCUUCUCAUCUCCAAUCUCCUCACAAAAACCUCAAAGUUCGUACCUUUACCCACCUCCGACCCCUUAUCCGAUGCCACCCUCGUCUCCCUCCCCUCCUCUACCCCCCACGGCUACAAGAUCUUCCUCCCAUCCUCCUCUUCUAACUCUGUAUUCGUCUACGAUUCCGCUUCCUUCGCCUGGACCCGAUUCCCCGGCUUCGACCUCAUCCUAGACCGCGGCAAUUCCCACCAAGAAGGUGUCUUUUUCGACGGUGCCCUUUAUUUCACCACCCACGAGCCCUUCUCCGUCGUUGGCUUCGACCUCCAGUCCGGGAAGUGGGAGCCGAUGGCCUCUCCCAGUCUCCCGACCGAGCUAGCCUUCGUGCGGCUGGUGGGCGACGGUGGAAACCGGCUCUACCUCGUCGGUGGGGUCGGGAGGGACGGGAUAUCGAGGAGUUUGAGGGUGUGGGAGCUGGUGGGGAAGGAUGGAAAAGGAAAGGCGAGAGCUUGGGAGGAGGUAGGCCGACUGCCGGAGAUGAUGUGCCGGAAGUUUGUGUCGGUCUGCUACCAUAACUAUUCCCAUGUGUACUGCCUCUGGCAUGAGGGGCUGGUGUGCGUCUGCUGCACCACCUGGCCGGAGGUGCUCUUCUACAAGGUGGCGAGGGGUACCUGGCAUUGGCUGCCGCGAUGCCCGAUGCUGCCAGAGAAGUGGAGCUGUGGAUUUCGGUGGUACUCCUUUGUCCCUGACCUCUAUGCUCUGGUUUGAGGCCUCCUCUUAUUGUAUCUUUUCGCAGUCUGUUUAGCUUCAUCUCAUUUAUAUUAGGUGUUGUGUUGGUUUUGAGUUUGGAGCUCCUUGGAUGUGAAUUUUUUACAUUUAUUAUUAUUUUUUGACAAUAUAUUGUUUUAGGUGUCCCAGAUCACAAUUCUCUUGUAUCUUUUUGUUUUGUCUCUGAGGGUACUAUAUUUUCAUGUAAUAUAGAGCAUCAAUCUCUACAGAGCAUCAAUCUCUUUCAUGUGUUCCAAUCUUGAUUGGAUGGAAUCUGUUUCUGAAAUUGGAGCUACUUGAAUUUGAUUCA